CUAAUUGUACUUUAUGAUUUGUGGAAAUGAUAUAAAAUGGCUAUUGCGUCUAUAAUUUGCAUGCAAACUGUUUCAUAAUUACGCCUAAGCGCAUAGAUAAUGAAAUCAGUACGCGGCUUUAAUGCACCGUAGCUGACUUGAUCUCUUAAUUUAUUAGCAAUUGCAGGAUUUUUUUGCAGGUUCGUUAUCUACCGAGAAUUCCAAUUACCGCAUUCCUUACGUUGCUUCGGUAGAGAAAUCUUAAUUGAAUUAAAAUGUCAGAUGUCGCUCCGAUUACAUUCUUGUGCAAAUAAUUGUUUGAAAAAAAAACUAAUCAAUAAUUAAAAAAUAAGAUAAAUUAAUCAUCAGUAGGUAUUAUAGUUUUUUUCAUGAGACUGCAUUCCUGUAUGUACAUCGUCUCUACCAUUAUGAAGCUCCUAUUUUCAUCCUAGGGACGUCAUUGCCCCCAUUAUUACAAACUUUUUUCCCCAUCGCGUCUGCGCGAGAAUCUCGCCGAGAUUCGAUCCUAAAUUCGAUUAACAGGUGUUCGGGUAAUCGAAAUUUACAAUAGUUUGAAUAAUCUCGUCCGUUCGACAUCUUGACCGCAACUACGAGCAAGACGUUCGUAAAGAAACAACAAGUAGAUUCCCAGUUCAGAGUACCGCGCAUGCGCACGAGUCCCUGUAAAUCACCGAACGAAUUACCGGCACCAUCUGCUAACUGAUUGUACUGGUUGGUAAAGAGAGGAUCCGCGAGAUUGAUACGAUGCCGCAGGCACGAUGGUGGAACCCUGUUAUCGGGAGCGGUCGGCUUAGGACGUGGGAACGGCUGUCCGCGUACGCGGGGUCAGGGACGACGGGAGGUAGAACAUCCGCACGUCUGACGGUUACACGGCCGGUAGUCCAGCGGUCGGCUGGCGACAGAACGCUCCGUCGUGGUAUGGCGAACAGUGCACCCGGAAGGAAGGUCCUCACCGAGGACAAUGUCUUCACGAACCUGCGGAAAAUGGAGUACGCGGUACGCGGACCCCUUCUCCUGCGUGCCUUGGAAAUCGAAAAGGAACUGCAGAAGGGAGCCAAGAAACCGUUCAAGGAAGUGAUCAAGGCUAAUGUGGGAGAUGCACAUGCCAUGGGUCAGCGACCAAUAACCUUCUUGAGACAAGUACUGACUCUGACAGUGUCACCAAAUCUCCUGGACGAUCCUUCUUACCCAGAGGACGUCAAGGAACGUGCUAGGACAUUGUUGUGCGGCUGUAAAGGAGGCAGCGUUGGCUCGUACUCGGAAUCAGCCGGGAUUGAGAUAGUCCGCAGACACGUGGCUGAAUACAUCCAGAAUCGUGAUGGACUUCCUUCUGACUACCGCAACAUCAUCCUCUCAAACGGAGCCUCAGAUGGAAUCAAAUCAUUCCUGAAGCUGUUCAAUGAAAGACUGGAUGGAAAACCAUCGGGGGUGAUGAUUCCUAUCCCACAAUAUCCUCUGUAUUCUGCCACACUGGCAGAAUUCGGGCUGGCCCAGGUAGGCUACUAUUUGAACGAGGAGAAUAAAUGGGGUCUGGAUAUCUCCGAGCUAGACAGAGCGUUGAACGAGUCAAGAAGAACCUGUAAUCCUCGCGUAUUGGUUGUAAUAAACCCUGGUAAUCCGACUGGCCAGGUUCUUACGCGCAGCAAUAUCGAGGAUAUCAUUCAGUUCGCUUACAAGAAUCAUCUGUUCUUACUGGCGGAUGAAGUGUACCAAGACAAUGUCUACGACAAGGACAGUGCCUUCCAUUCCUUCAAAAAAGUAAUGUUAGAAAUGGGUGAACCGUACUCUCAAAUGGAACUGGCGUCUUACAUGUCUGUGUCUAAAGGAUACAUGGGUGAGUGUGGAAUCCGCGGCGGGUACGCGGAGAUCAUCAACAUGGACCCUAAAGUUAUGGCAAUUUUACUGAAAUCCAUCUCAGCGAUGCUGUGUCCAACUGUCCUUGGCCAGGUGGUGAUGGACGUUGUAGUAAAUCCACCGAAACCGAAGGAGCCGUCGUAUCCGUUAUUUAUAAAAGAAAAAGAGGAGACAUUGCGCUCAUUGGCAGAGAGAUCCCAGCUGGUGGUUGACACAUUGAACAGCAUUCCAGGAUUUAAGGUGAAUCCGGCCAUGGGUGCUAUGUACGUGUUUCCACGAAUCGAUCUCCCCAAAAAAGCCAUAGAGGCGGCUAAAGCAAAAGGUCAACAUCCUGAUGUCUUUUACGCCUUCAAACUCUUGGAGACCACUGGAAUAUGUGUGAUACCUGGCUCUGGGUUUGGACAGCGACCGGGAACAUACCACUUCAGGACCACAAUUUUACCACAAAAGGAUACAAUUAAAGCCAUGCUCGAUAGUCUGAAACAGUUCCACUUAAGGUUCCUGGAAGAGUACAAAUAAUCAUAAAAUUGUCACGUUGUUGCAUUUUAUGCUGUCCUUGAAGUGCCAGUCACCAUGUGCAGGUUACAUGUAUCUUAAAAGAAACAGUAUUAUGUUUGCACGAAGGCUAUAGAGAAUUUUACUUAAAAUAUUAAAUUUCGCAUUUUAUAAUGAACAGGUUUGAAGGAAGAGCAUUUUUAAAUUUUUUAGAGAAGGAAAUUAGACUUAAUAUUACCACUGGGUACAUCAGUUGUUUGCACAAGUUUUGGCAUGGAAAGGAAAGAGAUUCUUUUUUCUGAGUGCAUUAUUUACAAGAACAAAAUUCAUCGAAUAUUUGUAUAUAGUAUAAAAUAAUUAUGUUAAGAAAUUGAGUGGCAUACUAAUCAAUGAAGUUUCUUUCAGAAUGUAUGGUGGGUGUUUGCGAGUGUGUCUCAGUAAUUUGUGAUAGUAGCAAUCGUAAUGAUGUUUUUAUAAUACUCACAACGAUGUUUCCAGGUCAGAUAUAUACGUUCAGUCAAGCAUCUAACUUACCUUUGUUACAGUCAAUUUAUCUAUGUAACAGAGAACACGUAGGAAAAUGAAAAAUCAAUUCUAUUAUUUAUAUUAUGUAUGGGAUAUAAAAUUCACCCACCAGGAGACUUAAGUGUUCACGUUAGUCCAAGAUCCUCAUUAACUUAAUAACAUUUCAGAGAAAGUUUCAGAAUGGAACUAGAUUCAAGUAUCCUAUAUAAAAUGACAAUAUGAUCAAUUGUAUGCCCUUUUUGAAAAAACACUGUUUUUAUGUGGAUUUUGAAGACAAAUGAGCUUUCAAAAGGAACACGAAUCAGAAAAUAAUAAACCAACCACACUGUACUCUACUAAUGAACUUAUCAUUAUUAAAAAAAUAUUUUUUUGAGA